AUGGACUUAAAAGUGUUUUUGAUUUUCAAAUUGAAACCUUGAUUUGCUAAAAUUUUUCGAGGAAGUUCAAAAGAAUCAAUUUAAUGAACGAAAAAAAAUCUUUAGUGCACCAUAUACAAAUAUCAAGGAGUAUAAAUAACUUCCAUUUAAUCAUUAGUCACAAAAAGAAAUAGAGAUUUUUAAAAAGUUUUUGUUUUAGAUUUGAGAAGAAAUUUCUAAGUUCAAUUUUAGAUAUCACUGAAUUUAUUAAAGCAAUAAGCUUUCCUGUAAAUGAAUAUAAAGCUAAUUAUCUAAAAUCUAUGAUGAAUGUCAAAAAAUUUUCAACCAAAGACACAAAUAAUAUUAUAAGAUUAUCAAACAUAGAAUUCAACCUUAAAUAUGAUUAUGCCUAAUUAGAUGAAAAAAUAUCAAUAUUCCUUUGA